AUGACUUCUGUAGCUAGACAUGAUGGUACCAUUAACGGUAUGAGUAGGCUGGAUCCUAGCAAUGGCUCUGUAGAUGAUCAUUCAAACGGUAACGGAUCCGCUGGGUUAGACAAGCAGGGGAAAACAAUCAUUUCUUCGGUCAAUGGUGGUGGUUUCACAGACGAGAAUCUUAUUGAUAGAUACGACGAUAAACCCAAAUUUGACAUUGAACCAGUUCAAUUGCAAUUUGCUUUGAACAAUUUAUGCAAUUUGAAAGUACAGAGUAAUGUUAUGUUUAUUAUACUCGAGAAAACGGUAUUUAAAAUUGAUUUAAAUAAUCCAUCCAUAGUUAAACUGUUUGAGUUUAACACCAAUAUAUUGAUUACCAAUUGUUGGCUAUCUCCCAAUGGUCAGCAUUUCAUUGUACAAAUCAAUCAUUCUACAUAUUACUACCUUCAUAACUCAUAUGACAAGUUCAAAAUUCUUCCAAAAUUUAAAAGUUUAAACAUCAAAACCAUAGUGUUCCCCAAUGAUGAAGACCUUGUAACUAAUGAUUUCCUUAUUGUCACCAAUGAUGACUCAGUGCUCAUUGGUAGUAUCAAAUCUCAUGUAGAAGAUAAUAAAAAAGACGACAAAUACAUUAAACUGGUCUAUAAUUCGACGAAGCCCGUUGUUAAUGUUUGUUUUACGAACAACAAUUGCCAGAUAAAUUUGUUCACUGCUGAAGAGACAUUACAAUGGGAUUGCUUUGAUAACUCAUAUAAUGAGAUGGUAAAAGUCUUCAAGACUAUCCCCAAAAUUACUCCCCACAAAAAAGUAAUCAACCUUGUCAGUAAGAAGAAUGAAUUUGUUUUGAUCACCAAUGACAAAUUUUCCAGCAUUGAUACCCUCAACUUUAAGCCUGCAAAUGAUAUCACAUCAAAUUUGAAUGCCGGGGGUGUUAUAACAGCACAUCAUGUUUGUUUUCUCAAUACCUCCCAAGAAGAAUUGAUUAUUUACUCCAAGCUUUCCAAAGACGAGAUGAGGAUACCUUUACCUGAAAAAGUUCUUGGAAUCGUAAAUGAUACAAACUCGGAGACCUAUUGGAUUUACUCGAAACAAAAUAUAUAUGAAUUGGUGAUAAGUAAUGAAAGCAUCAAAGUCUGGUACGAUUAUUAUAAAUUGGGAAAGUUCGAAGAAUCUUUGAAAUGCCUAGAAGCGGACCAUGAUACCAACCUUCUCAAAAAGGAUAUGGUUUACAUCAAACAAGGAUAUGACUUCCUACAAAAGGGAGCUUUUGGAAUCAACCAACUGGAUAAAACUAUGAUACACUAUCAGAUCAAAGGUAUCAAAAUCUUGGCUCAGCUGAGCGAACCCUUUGAAAAAAUCUGUUUAAUGUUGAUAAACUUGAAUCUUGGUAGCUUGAGUGAAAGGCUCUUAAUUGAGUACCUUCUAGUCAAGUUCUACUAUAGUAAAAACAUUGAAAAGAACUUCAUAAGAAUUACGGUGUUAUCAAGUUGGAUUGUCGAAUUGAUGUUGAGAAAUAUUCAUCAUUUAGAGUCAAAGCUUUCUUUGGACAAGUCACAGGAAAAGGUAUCCCGUGAUGAAGAAAAUAUUUUGAAAGAAUUCAAUGAUCAGUUUUAUUCAUUCCUUAAUCUCAAUUACAAAAACUUCGAUGCCAACACUAUUUACAGGAUUAUGAAAGAUUUAAACUAUAGUUCAAAAAUGAUCUACUUUGCUGAGCUACUCAAGGAUUAUGAAUUCAUUUUGAAUUACUACAUCGAAUCAGAAGACUGGGAUAAUUCCGUCAAAUCCCUCAUCAAGAUGCAUGGGGAUAAGAUGUAUGAAGAAGUCAUAUACGAAAAAGCAACAGUUUUAUUGAUAAACUAUCCUGAGAAGACGAUAGAUUUAUGGUUGAAGUUUGAUUUGAACUACGAAAAGUUACUUCCAAGCUUAUUGAUAUACAACAAACAGUCCAUAUCCAUAUUUGAGAAUUAUUCUAUCAUAUUCCUCCAAAAGUUGAUUUUCAACAAAAACAUCAAGAACAAGAAUAUCAAUAGUCAUUAUUUGAGUUUGUUGAUCACAUAUCCGGUCUUGAACCUGAGCAAUGUCCUGGAAGUGGAGAAUGAUCCCAACAAGUUCAUCAACAAGCAGAUAAUAAGGUUCUUAAACUUUGCUAAAUUUGAAAAGAAUCUUUAUGAUCCCGAAUUCAUCCUCAGACUUUGUAUCGAUUAUAAGAAAGUAGAACCAGCUAUUAUCAUCCUCAUUAAUGAUUUGAAAUUAUUCGAGCCUGCAUUGAAAUUAUCAAUUGAGAACAAACUAGACACUUCCUCCAUGUUCAUUUUGAAUAAAUUUAAUGAAUUCUUGAAGAAUGAAGAUUUCAGAGGGAAUAGACUUCAACAUCAUAAUUUCAAUCAGGGUAAGAAAUUAUGGUUAUUGUUCUCCAAAUAUUUGAUUAAUGAAGUCAUCAAUGGAAAAACAUUUGACUUUGAUACAGGAAAUUCCCGAGAAGUAGAUCCUAUCAAAAAGUUGACUGAACAAAUAGUAAAUGAAGGUGACUCUGUUGAGGAUAAUCAAAGUCUUGGUGAAAUAAAUAAUCAAAGUAUGAAUAAGGUCUUGAGAUACUUAUUAGAUUCUUCGUACUGUCAACCCAUUGGCUCCAAUCUUUUGAGUCUUAAAGACCUAUUACCACUAUUCCCUGAGUCCAUAAUGGUCAACAAUUUCAAGGAAGAAAUUAUCACAUCUUUGAAUCAAUACAAUAACAGGAUCAAUCAAUUGUCGAUAGAAAUGAAAGAGUCACUUGACAUCUCCAAUAAUUUGAAAAACCAAAUACUUGAAUCCAAUGAAUCAUUGGCCAAAGGUAAGAUAUUCACCAUCAUCGAACCUGGUGAACCAUGUAAUUUAUGUAACAACCUAUUAGUGUCCAAGAAUUUUAUCACAUUUCCUAACUGUCAUCAUUCUUUCCACAAAGACUGUUUAAUCAAGUACUUUUUGAUGUCCAAGGGUGACUACAGAUUCAAAAAAAUCUUCCAACUAUUCAAGAAAGAUCUGAAUAGUACACACAAGAAAGAACUAGAUGAUAUUAUGGUCAGCGAAUGUGUUCUUUGUAACGAGAGCAACAUUGUUUCUAUUGAUAAUAAUUUAGUGGAUCCAAUGAAAGAUAAAAGUUUGGUCGAAGAAUGGUCCCUUUAG